GGAAUUUUGUAUGUUGUUAGGCACUUCCGGAGUAAAUAUUUCCUAAAUUGGCAUUCUGUAAAUUCCAACAAUAAUAAGUGUUUUUGAGCUCAAUAAAGAUGUCGAGCAAGGUUAAGAAAUAUAUUGAUGAAUGUCGAGGAGACCAAAACAACACAGAACUUGACUUGGUUGAUAAAGGAGUCGCGAGUCUAAAUAUACCAGGACUAUUGGACUUGAAGCACCUGACAAGACUGACACUGUCUCACAACAAAAUCAGCGAGGUCCCAGCCAAUAUAACAGAAUUGGCAAAUCUGGAACAUCUUAAUCUAUUCAACAACCACAUAAAGGAGCUUCCCAGCACCUUAAAUUCCUUAAUGAAACUGAAGAUACUUAAUGUUGGAAUGAAUAAGUUGAACAUGUUACCUCGUGGAUUUGGUGCCUUCCCAGCCCUGGAGGUUCUGGAUCUGACAUAUAACAACCUUAGUGAAAAGUCCCUCCCUGGAAAUUUCUUUUGUUUGGACACAUUAAGGGCACUCUAUCUUGGAGACAAUGAUUUUGAAUACCUGCCUCCAGAAAUAGGAAAACUAAAGAAUCUGCAAAUCCUAUGUUUGAGAGAGAAUGAUUUAGUAGCAUUACCAAAGGAAGUGGGAGAUCUGCCUCGUCUGAGAGAAUUACACAUACAGGGAAACAGACUGACAGUGUUACCACCAGAAAUAGGUAAUUUAGAUCUAGUGGGAUCUAAACAGGUAUUCCGUGGAGAAAACAACCCUUGGGUGACACCCAUAGCUGACCAAUACCAAGUGGGCGUUUCCCAUGUGUUUGACUAUAUAAGAUCAGAAACAUAUAGAUUUUUAUAUGGCCGUCAUAUUGCUGCAGAUUCUCCGCCGCCAAAUAAACCUGCCGAUAAAUCAAAGAAGAUUAGUCGAAUGGGCUGAACCAAUGAAAUAUAUCGAGGAGAAUGUGUAAACAAGACCAGAAAUAAGCUUACUAUAAUACUCAAAGCUACAGGUUUACAUAUAGAGUAGCCAUUGUGUGUAAAUGUCCAACCAUUUGUUACAAUGAAAAUUAUGCCUUUUCUCUUUAGGAAACAUAAAUGAUUUGUAUUUAUGGCAUAGUAGGAGCUACAGAGCUUAAAACUUCCAAAUGUACAGAAGAACUUUUUUUUUCAAUGCUGGUGCUAUGUUGUCUUGGGGUACUUAAACAUUGUAUCAUUGAUACCCAUUAAACCCCAUUAUACAUGUAAGGGGUAUUCCAUGUAGAUUGUGUUUUAUCUCCCAUGAAAAAUUAAAUACUAGAAUUAUUAUAAAUCAUAUUUUCAUGCUUGUAUUUCUUUAUAAAGCUUUUGAAAGCUAUUUUUUAAUAAUUGCUGCAAUUGACUGAUAGUCUGAAAUAUUCAUGCUUUCAUUUUUAUAUACUAUAAAUUCCGAUAUAGGAUCUGUUGAAGACUGGAUACUUUUUCAUGCAUCAUAUUUUUCUUUUAUCUUAAUUAAAUCCAAAUUUCUAUGUCCCAGGGUUGUUGCUGUAAGCUAAUAAUCCCAGUAAUAAGGGAAACUGAAAAAUUGUUUCUGACAUUGUUAUGACUGGGUACUAUCUGCUGAUUGCAUAACUUAGUGUUUUAAACAGAGGGAGAAAAGAAAACAAAAUAAUAGCUACGUGUAAUAUUACUGCAUUUUACAAAUGUUUAAAGAAAUGAUCAUUUCGAGUUAAAAGUUUCAUACAAAAUUUUUCUAUCAUUUAUGAAUGCAUUCUUGUAUGUGAUAUUUUUAUAUAUUUAAACUGUAUACAGGUAUCACAUAUUAUAUAAUUACAUUACAUUAUAACAAAUAAAAUAUCUGAUAUGUAAA